AAGUUAUAACCAUUUGGAUUAGGGUCAUCGUCAUCAUCAAACUUUGCAAAAAAUAAUUGGGCGGGCUGGGCAUGCGAGAGAGAAGAGGUAACUAAUGGGAAGAAUAUUCGUGAUAGACAUAGAAGGCCGAUGCUACAGUUGCCGGUGCUGCGACACCCCUCUUGCUCUCGCCGACGAUGUCCUCUCUCGGACUUUUAAUUGUCGCAAAGGGAGGGCAUACUUAUUCAGCAAUGUGGUGAACAUAACAGCUGGUCCUCCAGAUGAGAGGAUGAUGCUUUCUGGUAUGCAUACUGUAGAGGAUAUCUAUUGCUGCUGCUGUGGACAACAACUUGGAUGGAAAUAUGUUGCAGCACAUGACAAAAGCCAAAAGUACAAGGAAGGGAAGUUUGUUCUUGAAAGAUGGAGGAUAGACGAGGAGGUCUCGGAAGAAUUCAAUUUGGAUACUCGUCCUAGUUCGAGUGACGGAGAGAAUCAUUAGGAUUUGUCUGCAACUGUUGUGAACUGGAUUGUAAAAACAAUAUACACAUACAACUCGAGUCAUAUAUUGAGAGUAUUAGGAGUUAUAAGAUAGAAAACUUCCGACUCGGUUGAGAUCUUUGGGCCUGUAUACUAAGUGGUGAUGUCGAAUUUCAUUUUUUUUAUUACAAUAGCGAGGGGAGAAGCGAACCUGAAAAACGCCGGAAGAAGGGUAAAUAAAUUUGGAUAAAGAUUGGACAUGCUUGCAUUAGGAAGUGUAAUGUGUAUGUGUUAAGAGCAAGCGGAACAAUCCGUAGAUGUGUUGGAUUUAUAUAUGAACUAGAAUGAAAGUAUGAGCAAAGGGUAAUUGUUGUUUUGAAUAGUGUAUUAGGGUCAUUUAGCUAUUUUAAGACGUAUUCUUUAGCGUACA